CGACUCCGGCGGGCCAGGUUCGCUGCGAAGGACAUUGGGAGUUAAGUUGCCAGUCUAGUCAGAGGGUAUUCAGGGGAGCAUCAACGAAAGCCACACCAGAGCCUCUCGCCCUGUUCAAAGGCAGUUUGGCGUUCCACCCAAAGAAAGUCACCAGCGUCGGGCUUCUCCUGGAAACCCGUCGCCUCCCUGCCCUUGGUUCCGAGGACAAAGAGCACAGCCAGGCUUGCACGCUGGGGGCGCUGGGACCGGCCAUGGUCAUGGAAGUGGGCUCGCUGGACGCCGGAGGCCUGCGGACGCUGCUGCGGGAGCGCGCGGCGCAGUGCCUGCUGCUCGACUGCCGCUCCUUCUUCGCUUUCAACGCCGGCCACAUCGCUGGCUCGGUCAACGUGCGCUUCAGCACCAUCGUGCGGCGCCGGGCCAAGGGCGCCAUGGGCCUGGAGCACAUCGUGCCGAACGCCGAGCUGCGCGGCCGCCUGCUGGCUGGCGCCUACCACGCCGUGGUACUGCUAGACGAGCACAGCGCCGCCCUGGACUCCGCCAAGCGCGACGGCACCCUGGCCCUGGCGGCCGGCGCGCUCUGCCGCGAGGCGCGCGCUGCACAAGUCUUCUUCCUCAAAGGAGGAUAUGAAGCUUUUUCGGCUUCCUGCCCAGAGCUGUGCAGCAAACAGUCGAACUCCAUGGGGCUCAGCCUUCCCCUGAGUACUAAUGUCCCGGACAGCGCUGAAUCAGGGUGCAGUUCCUGCAGCACCCCGCUUUACGAUCAGGGUGGCCCCGUGGAGAUCCUGCCCUUCCUGUACCUGGGCAGUGCCUAUCACGCUUCCCGCAAGGACAUGCUGGAUGCCUUGGGCAUCACUGCCCUGAUCAACGUCUCAGCCAAUUGUCCCAACCAUUUUGAGGGUCACUAUCAGUACAAGAGCAUCCCCGUGGAGGACAACCACAAGGCGGACAUCAGUUCCUGGUUCAACGAGGCAAUUGACUUCAUAGACUCCAUCAAGAAUGCUGGAGGAAGGGUGUUUGUCCACUGCCAGGCGGGCAUUUCCCGCUCGGCCACCAUUUGCCUCGCGUACCUCAUGCGGACUAACCGAGUCAAGCUGGACGAAGCCUUUGAGUUUGUGAAGCAGAGAAGAAGCAUCAUCUCUCCAAACUUCAGCUUCAUGGGCCAGCUGCUGCAGUUCGAGUCCCAGGUCCUGGCCCCACACUGCUCAGCAGAGGCCGGUAGCCCGGCCAUGUCCGUGCUGGACCGUGGCACCUCCACCACCACCGUCUUCAACUUUCCCGUCUCCAUCCCUGUCCACUCCACGAACAGUGCACUGAGCUACCUUCAGAGCCCUAUUACGACCUCUCCCAGCUGCUGAAAGGCCACGGGAGGCGAUCUGCACAACCCACCUGGACUCCAGGCUCCUUCCUGAGAAAGGCAAUAACUCCAGGGAAGGGGCCCGCGAGGGCUGGUCCUUAUUUAUUUAUUAAUUUCACCCGAGUUCCACUGGGUUCCAGAGUGCGGUCACAGGGAUGACUGAGCGUCCAGGCAUUUGCUGAACUCAGCACAUUCGGGACCAAUAUAUUGUGGGUACACCAAGUCACCCUGACAACAAGGGGCGGAAGAGAAAGGGACUCAGUGUGAGCCGGUUUCUUUUCGCUUGCCCCCAUUUCUAUUUUUAUUUUUUGUAGAAACUUCAUGCUUGACAUACAUACCAGUAUUAUCAUUCCCGACGACACAUAUACAUAUGAGAAACAUACCUUAUUUAUUUUUGGGUGGGUGGGCUGCCUUCCCAAAGGUCGGCGUCCACUCCUAGAAGAACCAAAUACCUCAAUUCUUGUGUUUGAGUACUGUAAUGCCCUGUAAAUACACCCCGACCAGGUUUGUCUCCAGCACUGAUGGAAAGCACCAGUGUUUUGGUUUUUGUUGCCAACAGUUGUAAAUUUGCCGAUUAUUUAUGACCUGAAAUAAUAUAUUUCUUCUUCUAAGAAGACAUUUUGUUACGCAAGGAUGACAUUUUUUUUAUACAGCAGAAUAAAUUAUGGCAUUUCUAUGGAACUGUCA